CUUGCUUUCUUGAACUUCCAAGCGACCCCAAUUGCCACAUAACCAUCGCCUCCAGCACAGCCGUAACCAACGUAUUCUUCGUUUGAUACCGUGAAGACAGCACUGCUCUAGUACAGUGUACUCUGUUCUCAAGACCUCAGAAUUUAUCGCACAUAUGGACCCAACAGACCCUCAACAACAGUCCACACUCUCAACGUCCACCCUAGACGCCCACAUCCGCCGACGUAUCACCACGUUCCAAUACAUCAUCUCCCUCUACGAAGGGAAAGCCCACUACCUCGGAAUCGUCCAAUUAAGAGCAGAACAUCUGCUCCCCCCAAAAGCCGACCACAUCAAAAUCCGCAGGCGGAUACAGCGAUGGAUCGGGUUGGGCCAUGCGUUGGGCAAUCUGCUGGAGAUAAUGACCGUCGGUGACUUUUUGAGGCAGCUUUCAGGCGUGUUUGGGGAUAUGGAGAGCGAAGGCGCUGGGGACGUGAAGACGGGAGGGGCGGGGGAGGGUGGGGGGGUCGGGAGUGGGCAGGGGAGCAAUGCGCGGCAACGCAUGAAACGGAUAUUCUUAGGAAAAGCGUCUCGACUAAGUCCUCUCACCGACACCUCCACCACUCUGUCAAUCUCAGACCCCAUAAAUGACGCAUAUGCCGAUUCACAUCAUAUCCCGUUCGACUUCGAUUACUCGCAGAUCCUCUUCGCCUUCUUCGACCUGCUGGUAAUCGCCUACAGCAAGUUGUUGGUCAACCCAGAAGCAUUCAGAAACCAGACGUAUGUCGAGUAUUUCACGAGGACCGAUUCGAAGAUCAAGAAAAUCAUUGCCCUGGUGCUCAAUGAUAGUAUAACCUUCAGCACCGUAGCUACGUUCACAUACCCACAUAGGGACGUUUUCGCAACUGUUGGGCAGUCUGCACGGUACGACAAGCUGGACACUGGAAAGGCAAGCCUCCACGCUGCAAGUCCGUGUGCGCAAGGGCUCAGCCAGGAAGCUUUGAUUUGA